CGGAGCAACAAAUGGAGUCACCAAAAUCUUCUAAAACCUUUGAGAACCAAAAUAAAAAGUUCUUUUCUUUCUACUUAAAAAACAAUAAAAUUAAAAGUAUGGUAAAGGGACUCUCUCAUAUUGUCUUUAUCGCUAGUUCAGAAGAACUUUUUCAAAACACGCUUGUAUUUUACAAAGCAUUUGGUUUCAAACUUGUAAAUGCCCCAAGUCAGGCAAAGAAACAAGAAGGGGAAGAAAAAGAAACAUGGCUUAAAUUAUCUGCUGAUGCACAUGCAAUGACAACUGAUAUUAUUGUUCGGCUUGUCUUGAACGCCCGUUCUACGCCUCGUCCUAAGCCUAGUAGCGAUCAAGACUGGGGUUUGAAUGAAUCCGCAUUAGCAUUGUCCAUUGUUGAUGUUGACGCCGUCAAAGCACAACUGGAUACAUUGGGCCGUCCUUAUCAAGACAGAUCUAUCAAAUCGUUUAGUGGGACAUUUGAACUAAUUGAAUUGUAUACCUUGGAUCCUUUGAAUAACACGGUCAUUUUCGCAAACAAACCUGCUUUUCCAAGUCUUUUUGAAUCUCCUCUUUUGGAUUCAGCCUUUACUGAAAAAGUCGAGGAACAAGUGACUGAUAAGAUGGGAAGACCUAAGCGAAUUGGUGUGCUUACAUCAGGUGGGGAUGCACCGGGCAUGAAUGCUGCUGUACGUGGUGUUGUCCGAUAUGGUAUCUCUAAAGGUUGCGAAGUAUAUGCUGUUUAUGAGGGAUAUCAAGGUCUUGUUGAUAAUGGUAUAAAAAAAAUGGACUGGAAAGACGCUCGAGGCUUCUUAGCAGUGGGUGGUACAAACAUUGGUACAGCAAGAUGUAUGGCAUUCAAGGAACGUAAAGGUCGACUCAAGGCAGCUGAGAAUUUGAUCAAGAGUGGUAUUGACGCAUUGAUUGUAUGCGGUGGUGAUGGCUCAUUGACUGGUGCUGACGUUUUCCGUUCAGAAUGGAAUGGUUUAACUGAAGAACUUUUAAAAGACGGCAGAAUCACUGAAGAAGAAGCCAAGACAUACAACCAUUUGACCAUCGUGGGUCUUGUUGGUUCAAUUGAUAAUGAUAUGUCUUCCACUGAUAUUACCAUUGGCGCUGUCACUUCUCUUCAUCGUAUUUGUGAAGCUGUUGACUCUAUUGGUACAACUGCAUUAUCUCAUUCUCGUGCAUUUGUGAUUGAAGUAAUGGGUCGCCAUUGUGGUUGGCUGGCUCUUGCAGCUGGUAUCGCUACAGGUGCUGAUUUUGUGUUUAUUCCUGAAAGACCUCCUAGUGAAGAGAACUGGCAAGACACACUGUGUGCUGUUGCACAACGCCAUCGUCAGCUUGGCAAGCGUAAGACAGUCGUCAUUGUUGCUGAAGGUGCCAUUGAUAUGAAUCUGAAUCCCAUCCGACCUGACGAUAUUAAAGCUAUACUUGCUGACCGUCUUGGCCUUGAUACGCGAGUAACUACCUUGGGCCAUACUCAACGUGGUGGAUCACCUUGCUCUUUUGAUCGUAUUUUAGCAACUAUUCAAAGUGUAGCUGCAGUUGAUGCUGUUUUGUCUUCUACUCCCGAAACGCCCUCUCCUUUGAUUGGCAUGAGCAGCAAUCAAGUGACUUGUCAACCAUUGAUGAAGGCUGUGGAAUUGACACAUGAAGUAGCUAAAGCCAUAUCAGAAAAGAACUUUGCCCGUGCUAUGGAACUUCGUGACCCUCAAUUUGCUGAUGAAUUUGUUGCUUAUACUGCAACUACUAUUUUGGAUGAUCAGAGUAUGUUGGUACCUAAACAUCGUCGACUUCGUGUUGGUAUCAUUCACGUGGGUGCUCCUGCUGGUGGUAUGAAUGCAGCUACUCGUACGGCAGUUCGUUACGCAUUGAAUCGUGGCCAUACGCCAUUUGCUAUCUUGAAUGGCUUCCCUGGCUUAGCUAGCGGCUCUGUUGAAGAACUAAGCUGGAUUGGUGUCGAUGGAUGGACGCCUAAGGGUGGCUCUGAAUUAGGCACAAACCGUGCUGUUCCUGGUGAAGGAGUGGAUAUGGGGAUGGUUGCUUAUCAACUUCAAAAGUUCCAGAUCCAAUCCCUUCUUAUCAUUGGUGGUUUUGAAGCCUUUUCCUCUGCUAUCAACUUGGAAGCUGCUCGUAAACAAUAUCCCUCGCUCAACAUUCCAAUUGCUUUGAUUCCAGCUACUGUUUCCAACAAUGUACCUGGUACUGAUUUUUCUCUUGGCUCCGAUACUGCGUUAAAUGCUAUUGUUAAUUCAUGCGAUGCUAUUGUUCAAUCUGCUCGAUCAUCACGUCGCCGUGUUUUUGUGAUUGAAGUACAAGGUGGACGCUCUGGCUAUUUGGCUGUUGAAGCUGGUUUAGCCAGUGGAGCAAAUACCAUCUAUAUUCCAGAAGAAGGUGUCAAUCUUGCUCGUCUUCAAUCAGAUUCUCGCCACCUCAUGGCCAUGUAUAUGGAUGAUGAUGCUGAUAAAUCUGAAGGCAGAAUUAUUUUACGAAAUGAAACAGUCAGCAAAACAUAUACUACCAAUGUCAUCUCUGAUAUCUUGAAGGAAGAAGGUCAUGCUUUGUUUGAUUCACGUACAGCCGUUCUGGGUCAUAUUCAACAAGGUGUCAAUCCUAGUCCUAUGGAUCGUAUUAGAGCUACUCGUCUUUCUAAAUGUGCUAUAGAUUUCUUUGAAGAUCAUACCUCUGCUGCUCUUGAAGAGGCUUAUUGUAGCAAACAAGACGUGCCUAUUGAACUUUCUCGGAUGCAUGAAUCUGCUGCGGUUGUUGGCCUUUCAGGUGUCGGUGUAACUUAUCGUCCAGUGACAGAAUUAAUUGCUGUUAGUGAUAUGAAGAACCGCAAGCCAUUAGAUUCUUGGUGGAUGGAACACCGUCCUUUGGUUGAUCUAUUAUCUGGUCGUGGUUUAUUCACCCCACAAGCACAAGCUAUUUUGAGCAAAAAAAAAUAAAAAAAUGCGAUACAUGUACAUAAUAAACAACUUGAAUGAUAUCAACUUGAUUUAACCACAAGAUCUACGAAUAGUUUACGACAAAUGCAACGAGUAUUGAGCAGUCAGAAGUGCCUUUUCAAGCUUAGCAAAGGUGGGUUUCAUUUCAUUGUUGUUAUCUCUUGAUUUAUUAAAUCCGAAAAUACGGAAGCAGAUUCACGGAUUAGUAAUUAUUUUGUUUAUUUUUUUUUGCUAUCAAAUUCCAUUGGUCGUAAAAUGACUCCAAAUGAUUUACACUUUCAGGAAAUCCGUCGAAUCGGAUCAAGCUUCAUUAUAAAAGAAAACACAAAUGGUGGGAUUCUUUCUUUACUCUCUUGUUUU